AUGCCAUUUAUACACCCCGCUCGGUUGGAUCCGGAUAGCCACGGCCCAGGAACUGCGGACGUGAUGAGCGCAACACAAUUGUCAAAAUCAAAAUCCCGGCUGGGGUCAAAAUUGAAAAGACAUGACCUGGCAAAGAGGAGGCGUGGGCGAACUAAUCUGGGAGACCGUGCAAGGGAUGCUCGUCUCCAUGCUCUGAAGCGAGCAGCACGCCGUACAUCCAACUCCAAAGUUGCACCGUUGUUUGCCUCUCGUAGCAGAAAAGUUGGUGCUGGGAUUCCGUUGGUAAUGGCAGAUCAGCCGGAAGCCUCGAUAAGCGAGCAGAGUUCCACGUCCAUCACCGAUCAAGCCAAUUGCACAACCAUCUCUCAGAACCAAGACACACAGCCUGGGCAAUUUGCCCCAACAGAAUGGAUAGUGCCCGAUAUUUAUUCAGAUCCAUUCAGCGCCCCUUUAUUCACAGAUAACUCGGAUUCUUUUAUGAUGUCGCUUGAAGCGCCACAGAACUUUUGGCCUCCUUUGCCUGAAUUUAUCAAAACCCCACCUGAACACUUCAGACAAGGCCACAUCAUGUUCCUCCUAGCAGAAGGUGCUUUGACCCUCCCGAGCGUGUCCCUUCAGCAUGCUCUCGUUGAAGCCUGGGCGGAAUUUGCAUAUCCCUACAUGCCUUUGGCUCACAUUCAUGAUCUGUUGAAUACAAUCCACAACCCAAACAACUCGGGGCAGCGUAUUAGCCUCUUAUUAUAUCAAGCCAUCCUGUUUGCCGGAUCCGCCUUUGUCGAUACUAAGCAUUUAAGACAGGAAAACCACGGUUUCUCAAGCAGGAGAGAUGCCAGAAAGGAAUUAGCCCGGCGGGUAACACUGUUGUAUGAUCUAGAAUAUGAGAGAGAUAAAGUUACUCUCGUCCAAGUAGCACUGCUCAUGUCAUCUUGGUCUGACAUGCCGCACGCUAACAAAGACUCGUGGCACUGGCUGGGUGUGGCAAUCUCCAUGGCAUAUGCAGUUGGAAUGAACAACCAAUCGACCAUCCUUGUUCAGCCGCCUCGGGAGCAGAGGCUCUGGCGGAGGAUCUGGUGGUCAUGCUAUUCCAGGGACCGGUUUCUGGCUCUUGGGCUUCGAAGACCUAUGCGAAUCAACAACGAAGACGUUACUGUGACUGGACUGGAGCUGAAUGACUUUGAACUUAACGUGCUGCCCGACGACAACACCAUCAUCAGAUCACGAAACACACCACUUCGGGAUCUAAACCAGCAGCUCCAAUUAGUGGACUUAUUCAUAUAUCGGUCUCGCCUAUGUGCUCUUGUUGCGUCGGUUCUCCACGUUCAAGAUGCUCAUGACAAGUCAAUGUCUGCCAUGAUGGCUAUCAACUCAAAGUGGAGCCAGAAGCUCGAUCAUGAUUUCUCACAGGCGGAGGCUGCACUAAACAAUUGGAAGAGCUCAUUGCCGAGGUCGUGUGAGGACCGCCCAGCAGAGCAGGCUGAACUUGAUAAUGGAAGCGCGACAAUUGCAGUUCAGCGCACUCAUCUCCACAUGACAUUCCAAACGAUUCUUUAUUCUCUUCAUCGACCAAGAUUUCUCCCCACGUCACCGAAACUGCUUACUCCGGCAAACAAGCGGCCAAAGUCGAACUCCGUCUACCAAAUUCGAAAUUCCGCGGUGCAGAUUACCCGAAUAGCAAAGAACCUGGGCGAGAUGCACCUUGAUAGGUUCCUGCCUGUCUCGGGAGUCACGGUUAUUUUCCCUGCGAUGGUGAUCAGUCUAUUGGACAUGAAGAGCCGUGAUGCAGGCGUACGGCAAGCGGCGACAGAGCGAUUCUCGACGUGUAUGCGGGUGAUGGAGACGUUGCAAGAAACGUACAUUGCAGCGGAUUCCACCAUAAAUUAUUUUAAAAUGGCUCUUCAGAAGGCAUCCAUCAGCCUUUCGACUGCUAUGGGAAAUCCCAAGGUCGAGCCAGAAACAAAAGUUAUGAUUCCUACAGCGGCAACACCCAAUACCUUUGUGGAUCCGACAUCUCUAUCAAUGCCAGGCUCUACACCAUCGGUUGACUUCUCGAUCGACACCUCUCUUUUGGACAGUAUUGGCAAGUAUAAAAGUGGGAUAGACACACCAGAUAAACCUCAUGUAUUGGAUUCCAGCCAGGAUGUGACGAAGAAUAUGCUGGAAGACAACCAGUCACCAGCUAAUCUUCUACUGAAGAACGAAGCGGGUAAAGAGCUUGCAUAUUUGUUCAGCGGCUGGCGAGACUUCCCCCAUCACUGGGGAGCUGGAAGCUUUGACGAAGCGAUAGAAGGAAUCCUGGAGUCUGCAGGGGCUUGA